CCCGGUGUGGAGCCGCGUCCCUUCUCUGGAGUAGGGCUUCGACGGCGUGGAGCCCCGCCCUGGCCGGCGGUGUGGCGCGGUCCCGUUAGGUCUGCGGAGGCGAUGGCGGCACGGGCGUGGAGGCUGCUGACCACCCUGCUGGCGGCCGCUGCCGCCGCCUCCCAGACUGAUGUGGAGUCGGAGGCCGGCUGGGACGUGGCUGCGCCCGACCUGCUCUUCGCCGAUGGGACAGCGGCCUACGCGCGCGGGGACUGGGCCGAGGUGGUUCUGAGCAUGGAGCGGGCGCUCCGCUCGCGGGCCGCCCUGCGCGCCCUCCGCCUGCGCUGCCGCACCCAGUGCGCCGCCGACCUGCCCUGGGAGCUGGACGCCGGCUCAUCGCCGAGCCUGGCCGCGGACCCGGGCGCCGCCGCGCUGCGCGACCUGCGCUUCUUCGGGGGCCUGCUGCGCCGAGCCGCCUGCCUGCGCCGCUGCCUCGGGCCGCCGGCCGCCCACGCGCUCAGCGAGGAGCUGGAGCUGGAGUUCCGCAAGCGGAGCCCCUACAACUACCUGCAGGUCGCCUACUUCAAGAUAAACAAGCUGGAGAAAGCUGUAGCCGCAGCACACACCUUCUUUGUGGGCAAUCCUGAGCACAUGGAGAUGCGGCAGAACCUGGACUACUACCAAAGCAUGUCUGGAGUGAAGGAGGCCGACUUCAAGGACCUUGAGGCCAAACCCCAUAUGCAUGAGUUCCGGCUCGGAGUGCGACUCUACUCUGAGGAGCAACCACAGGAAGCUGUGCCGCACCUGGAGUUGGCACUACAAGAGUACUUCGUGGCUGACGAAGAGUGCCGUGCCCUCUGCGAGGGACCCUAUGACUAUGAUGGCUACAACUACCUGGACUACAGUGCCGACCUCUUCCAGGCCAUCACAGAUCAUUAUGUCCAGGUCCUCAGCUGUAAGCAAAACUGUGUCACCGAGCUGGCUUCCCACCCAAGUCGAGAAAAGCCCUUUGAAGACUUCCUCCCAUCACAUUACAAUUAUCUGCAGUUUGCCUACUAUAACAUUGGGAAUUAUACACAAGCUAUUGAAUGUGCCAAGACCUACCUCCUCUUCUUUCCCAAUGAUGAGGUGAUGAGCCAGAACCUGGCCUACUAUGCAGCUAUGCUUGGAGAAGAGCAGGCCAGCUCCAUUGGCCCCCGUGAGACUGCCCAGGAGUACCGCCGACGCAGCCUGCUGGAGAAAGAGCUGCUUUUCUUCGCUUACGACGUUUUUGGAAUUCCCUUCGUGGAUCCGGACACGUGGACCCCGGCAGAGGUGAUCCCCAAGAGACUGCAAGAGAAACAGAAGUCCGAACGGGAAACGGCUGUGCGCAUCUCCCAGGAGAUCGGCAACCUCAUGAAGGAGAUCGAGACCCUGGUGGAAGAGAAGACCAAGGAGUCCCUGGAUGUGAGCAGGCUGACCCGGGAAGGAGGGCCCCUGCUGUAUGACGGCAUCCGUCUUACCAUGAACUCCAAACUCCUGAACGGCUCCCAGCGGGUGGUGAUGGAUGGUGUGAUCUCUGACGCCGAGUGCCAGGAGCUGCAGAGACUGACCAACGCAGCAGCAACUUCAGGAGAUGGGUACCGAGGCCAGACCUCCCCACAUACCCCCAACGAAAAGUUCUAUGGCGUCACUGUCUUCAAAGCCCUAAAGCUGGGGCAGGAAGGGAAAGUUCCUCUGCAGAGUGCCCAUCUGUACUACAACGUGACUGAGAAGGUGCGGCGCGUCAUGGAGUCCUACUUCCGCCUGGACACCCCCCUCUACUUCUCCUACUCCCACCUGGUGUGCCGCACCGCGAUCGAAGAGACGCAGGCUGAGAGGAAGGACAGCAGCCAUCCAGUCCACGUGGACAACUGCAUCCUGAAUGCGGAGACCCUCGUGUGCGUCAAGGAACCCCCCGCCUACACCUUCCGGGACUACAGUGCCAUCCUUUACCUAAACGGGGACUUCGAUGGAGGAAACUUCUAUUUCACCGAGCUGGACGCCAAGACUAUGACGGCAGAGGUGCAGCCCCAGUGUGGAAGAGCUGUGGGAUUCUCUUCAGGCACUGAAAACCCGCAUGGAGUGAAGGCUGUCACCAGGGGGCAGCGCUGUGCCAUUGCCCUGUGGUUCACCCUGGACCCUCGGCACAGUGAGCGGGACAGAGUGCAAGCCGAUGAUCUGGUGAAGAUGCUGUUCAACCCGGAGGAGGUGGACCUGCCCCAGGAGCAGCCCCUGCAUGCGCAGGGCAGCGAGCCCCAGCCUGGACAGGAGUCGGCCUCAGGCAGUGCGGCGAGGCACAAGGAGGAGCUAUGACGGCGCCAGGUCGCACUCAGCCAAGCGAUGGACCGUGGGGAGGAGCUCUGUGGUGCGUGCUGGCCUGCCCAGCCCCCGCGGGCCGUGGAGCAGGGGGCGCUUUGGUCUGUUGCCCCGUCAAGAGGAUCCUGCCCAUCACCGUCCCCGUGGUGCUACUGUUCCUGGAGCGGACAUAGAAGGACAUCACUCCUCUCCAGGCCUGGCUGAAGGCUCGGGACAUGGGCCCAGAGCCACCGAGGGGCCCGCACAGGCGACUGUGUGACAGCAAUAAAGUAUUUAAGUGUCUCUGUAGACAACCGAAGAAUGCAUGAUGGGUGGCUCUGGGUUUGGUUUGUUGCGAGGGUGGAAAGAUGCUCCUUCUACCCCAGUGACUUGAGGGGGACUGCCCUGGGCAGGGUGCAGCGGCCUGGGUGACGCGAGGAGGCCUGGCUAGAGCCCCGCGCAGCCUCAGUCCAGACACCUACCUAGCCAGGCACCCUGGGGCUGUCGUCUGCAUAAGAGGGGUUGUAGUCCUCACUACCCACCGUCUGGGCGACCUGCGGCCCAGGUAAUGUCGGAGGUGAUGGCACUUUGUAAAACUCCGGGUGAAUGGCCGGGAUUAUCACUAAUCCUCUCCUGGCAGGGAGUGGUAGUCAGCAGUGCUCUGGCGUGUCGUCCCCGUGGCAGCCACAUGCUUCCUGCUCUGCUGGCUGGCCUCGGAGCCCCACGCCUCAGCGCUUCCCUGUGCAGGAUGACACUUGUAGGAGACAGCGUGCGACUGGAGAUUCGGCUCCUGACUGUGUCCCUAGCCCAAGCCCAUCACCUCUGUGCUUGAGAUGCCAUAGGGUAGGAAGUGUAGGAACUGAGUAAUCAUUUAGUCAAUUGACUAAUAUUUACACACUGAGCAUCAGCUAAGUUCCUGGUGCUGAAAAUAUAGCCCCACGUUUAUAAAGAGUCUAUUUUGUAGGGGAGACAAAUAAACAUGGGGCAAGUGGCAUGGGU